AUGAUGCAAUCAACGAAGAAUAAGAAUAAUGAUGACGAUGAAAGAAUAAGAAGAAUAGCCGCCUUUUUUGACUUUGACAAGACCUUGAUUGCCUUGGAUUCCGCUGGCAAGGAAGCCACGACAGUGCUGGCCACCAAGUAUGAUGCGUAUCACCAUUAUCCACUGCUGUGGACCGGAUUGAUUGUGUGUACCCUCUUGAAUCCAUUGGUGGAACGCAAUUACAUGCAAACGGAAACCUUGAAUUUGAUUUAUUAUUAUUGUUGUUAUCGCAACUUGUCCGUAAACGAACUCCAAGGUCAUGCGCAAGACUUGUAUCUUCGUUUGUUGAAGCCAGCUGUGUAUCAGGAAAUCUUAAACGAAAUGCAAGAACAUCAACGCAAGGGACACCUCGUGGUGUUAUUGUCGGCUACCAGUGAACAUUUGAUCGAACCAUUUGCCAAGGAAUACAAGGUGGAUGUUUGUAUUUCCACCAAGAUAAUAAAGAAGCAGACGGUUCAUUCGAAACGGAAACGAACGAAAGGGGACAACAAUAACAACAAUAAUGACAAUGAUGAUAGUGAUGAUAGUGAUGAUGAUGAUGAUGAUGAUGCGCAGUAUUAUUACACAGGAGUAGUGGAUGGCAAGGUUUGUUGUCAAAAGACCAAGUCAGAUCACGUCCAUCGCCUAGCCCAAGAAUAUAAUUUGAAUUUGCAAAAGUCAUUUGCCUAUUCGGACCAUCAUCAUGAUAUUCCGUUGUUGGAAUCAGUGGGCAAUCCUUCCGUCGUGCAUCCCACUUCCUUGUUGGAGCAAGAAGCCAAGAAAAGAGAUUGGCCCAUUUUGCGACCCAUCAUACCCGAGAUAGUUAUUGCCAUGGAAGAAGCAAAACAGAAGACGAAGAAGACGAAGGAUGAAGAGCAGGAUUCAUCCUUGCCAAAGACUAUGAUUUUGUUUGGCAUUGGCAUUCUUGGUUUGGGAACAGUUAUAGUAGGACUGGGCCUUCCGCUUAUUCGCAGUCAAUAA